ACAACAACAUUGGAUAGUGAGAAGUGUUGUGAAACCAUUUAUGUUUUUGAGUUUACCAUCACAAUCACCCUCACAACUAGUUUCCAACAUGUCUGAGAAGAAAACGAGGAGUACGAGGAGGAAUGGUAUUGGGGUCAGAAAAAAGGCACAAACUUUGGUGGAAGUUGAAGACAUAGAGGAUGCAGUGUCCUUCACCAAAGACGAGACACAUAAACUGAGGGUGGCUCUAUUGGAUUGGUAUGACCAUAACCGCAGGGACCUUCCUUGGAGAACCACCUUAAACCAUGAAGAAGAAGAAGAAGAAGUGGAAAAGAGAGCUUAUGGGGUGUGGGUCUCCGAGGUUAUGCUGCAGCAAACAAGGGUUCAGACUGUUAUUGCCUAUUACAACCGUUGGAUGCAAAGAUGGCCCACCAUUCACCUUCUUUCACUGGCUUCUCUUGAGGAAGUAAAUGAGAUGUGGGCAGGUUUGGGCUACUAUCGAAGAGCCCGUUUUCUUUUAGAGGGGGCAAAGAAAAUAGUUGCAGAAGGAGGCAGGAUUCCUAAAGUGGCUUCUAUGUUACGAAAGAUUCCUGGAAUUGGAGACUAUACGUCUGGCGCAAUUGCCUCUAUAGCUUUCAAAGAGGUGGUACCUGUUGUUGAUGGAAAUGUGGUAAGGGUGAUUGCUAGACUAAGGGCUGUUUCCGCAAAUCCAAAAGACUCAGUAACCAUUAAGAGAUUUUGGAAAUUAGCAGCUCAGUUAGUGGAUCCUCUUCGUCCUGGGGACUUCAAUCAGGCUCUCAUGGAACUUGGGGCAACUUUAUGUACCCCUUUGAACCCAAGCUGUUCCUCAUGUCCAGCAUCAGAAUUUUGUCAUGCACUAUCAAUUGCAAAACAUGACAGUACAGUAGCUGUUACAGAUUAUCCUGUUAAGGGUGUGAAGGUUAAACAAAGAUCUGAUUUUUCUGCUGUAUGUGUUGUUGAGUUACUUGGAGCUGAAACAUUGUCAGAUGAAAAUCAGUCUACCAGUAAAUUUAUUCUUGUAAAAAGGCCCGAUGAAGGAUUGCUUGCUGGUCUCUGGGAGUUUCCAUCUGUCUUGCUGGAUGGAGAAACUGCUCCAUUGGCGCGAAGAGAAGCAACAAAUUGUUUCUUGAAAAAAGUUCUCAAAAUUGACAUCAGAAAGACUUGCAAUAUAGUUUUGAGGGAAGAUGUUGGGGAGUUUGUUCACAUUUUCAGUCACAUUCGUCUCAAGUUGUAUGUUGAAUUGCUAGUGUUACAGUUGAAAGGGGGAGUCCAUGAUUUGUUCAAAAGCCAGGACAAUGAAACUACAACCUGGAAAUGUGUUGACAGCAGUUCCCUUUCAAGUAUGGGACUGACAACCAGUGUAAGAAAGGUAUACAACAUGGUUCAAAAAUUUAAGCAGAAAAGUCUUCCGUCCAACCAUGUGCCAACCAAAAAGAGAAAUAGAACUACCAAGAGAAACAAGUCUAGUUGAACCAGAUUUGCUGCAUUGUGAUUAUUAAUUUGCUGUAUUUAAACUGAAAAACGGUGAAAUACUUUUCUUGCAUUUUAUUCUUA